GCCAUCGGGGCUACCACUUUUCCGAUUCUUCUUCUCCUUCGACAGUCUUGGCGACCUACAAACCCUAACACGCUACCAUCUGCUCCACUGGCGUCAUUUGAUUUCAGGGGAAAGAGGAGAAGGCAUGUCGUACUUGCUGCCCCAUCUUCACUCCGGUUGGGCGGUCGACCAAGCCAUCCUCGCCGAGGAGGAGCGCCUAGUCAUUAUCCGCUUCGGCCACGACUGGGACGAGACUUGCAUGCAGAUGGAUGAAGUUUUGGCGUCAGUUGCUGAGACAAUAAAGAACUUUGCUGUCAUAUACCUUGUAGAUAUCACUGAGGUUCCUGACUUCAACACGAUGUAUGAAUUGUACGACCCGUCGACUGCGAUGUUCUUCUUUAGGAACAAACAUAUCAUGAUCGAUCUUGGCACCGGGAACAAUAACAAGAUCAACUGGGCACUGAAGGACAAACAAGAGUUCAUUGACAUUGUCGAGACUGUUUAUCGUGGUGCUAGAAAGGGCCGCGGUCUUGUCAUUGCUCCAAAAGAUUACUCGACAAAGUAUCGAUACUGAGCACUUGCAUCUGCUGCUACUUGAGUUUGUUUCUUGCUGCACAAAUGUUUUGUGAAUAAUCUUUACCUGUAUAUCCUGAUGUUGAUACUUGAUGUGUACUAGUGACAUUUGUAAUCAACUGCAGACGAUAUGCCCUUAAGGCGAAGACCUUUUGUGAGUGUUGUAAAAAUUGACUUAGGCGGCUGUCUAGCGCGCCCUUAGGCUGAAACUCAGCUGGCUUCUUAGCUUGAGCAAAUAACAGCUGGGUUCUUCAGCUGGUUAGCAGGAGAACUUUUAAUAAGGAAAUGGGGGUAUUCUAGUCCUCAUACAAUCUUCUAAAA